AUGUUUAAAUCAAAACGGUUGGCUGAGGAUUUGCGUUGGCACUUCACUAAUGCUAGUGAAGAUUGUACAAUGUGGCAUCCAGUGGACUCCUUGACUUGGAUCCAGGUAAACGAUAAAUGGCCAGAGUUUGCUGGGGAUGCUAGAAACCUUAGGCUAGGAAUUUCUACUGAUGGGAUGAAUCCGUUCGCUAUCCAAAACACCAAGUACAGAACAUGGCCGGUUUUCUUAGUCAAUUACAAUAUGGCUCCAACGGAGUGUAUAAAACAAGAGAACAUCAUGUUGUCAAUGUUGAUACUUGGAACAACCGCACCAAGCAACAAUAUUGAUGUAUAUCUACAACCACUGAUAGAUGACCUAAAAGACUUAUGGAAUGAUGGUAUGGAGGUUUAUGACGCGUUUAAGCAGGAGAGUUUCACUCUAAGAGCUAUAUUGUUGUGGAGUAUCACUGACUAUCCAACAUUAGGAACAUUAUCUGGAUGUAAAGUGAAAGGGAAGCAAGCGUGUAUUGUCUGUGGGAAGGAUACACCUCAUAGAUGGUUAAAGUUCAGUCGCAAACAUGUAUAUAUGGGUAACAGGAAGCGUUUGAGACCUGGGCAUCCUUACAGACGUAGGAAAGGGUGGUUUGACAACACAGUGGAGGUUGGUGCUGCAAAUAGAAUUCAGAGUGGAUCAGAAAUACUUGAGAGCCUUAAAGAUUUUAGGAAUGAAUUUGGUAAACCUUUAGAUAAGAAAGACAAGAGAAAAAUAGUUGAAGCAGAUGAUGAUGAUGUGAGUUCAGCUGAUGAAUAUGAAGAAGGCGAUGAUCAAUGGCGGUGGAAAAAAAGAUCAAUCUACUUUGACUUACCUUAUUGGAAGUAUCUGCUUGUGAGGUAUAACAUUGAUGUCAUGCACGUGGAAAAGAAUGUGUCUAAUGCACUAUUAGCUAUUCUGAUGCAUAGUGGAAAAUCCAAGGAUGGGUUGAAAGCAAGGAAAGAUUUAGAAGACAUUGGUAUUCGAAGCAACUUACAUGCGGAGAUACGUGGGAAGAGAACCUACUUACCUCCAGCUGCGUAUUGGCUUUCUAAGGAGGAGAAACGUAAAUUGUGCAGAAGGUUAUCCAAAUUCAGAGGUCUUGAUGGAUAUUGUGCCAACAUCUCCACUUGUGUGUCAGUAGAUCCUCCCAGCAUUGGUGGUCUGAAGUCACAUGACCAUCAUUUCAUAAUGCAGAACCUGUUUCCGGUGGUAUUGAGAGGUUUCCUGCCUAAAGGACCUCGUAUAGUAGUGAAUCGAUUGGAGAGAUACUUUCCACCUUCACUGUUUGACAUUAUGUUUCACCUGCCAAUACACCUAGCAAGAGAAGCACGCUUGGGUGGUCCUGUACACUUCAGAUGGAUGUACCCUUUUGAGAGAUACAUGAAGACACUAAAGGCAUUUGUGAAGAAUUUUGUAAGGCCAGAAGCUUGUAUGGCUGAGGGCUACUUGGCUGGUGAAUGCCUUGCGUUUUGUUUAGAGUUCCUUCAGAAGUCUGUUCCAGUUGAAGAAACACUAACUCGCAAUGAAGAUAUUGAGGUAGAUGAACAUGUCCUUGAAGGUCGACCACUGCAGAAAGCCACAGAAAAGAUUCUCACAGAUAAAGAGGGAGACAUAGCUCAUUGGUUGCAUUUGGAAGAACUGCAAGUUACAGAUAUACCAAGUAACUCGAAGGACCAUUCUAAUAGGCUGAGAUGGCUAGCUUUUGGACCAAGACAUAUCGCUCAAACUUACAAGGGUUUUGUAGUAAACGGCCAUCGCUUUCAAACAGAUGAUGUCAAGAGGAAGACUCAGAAUAGUGGAGUAACUUAUGAAGCAUUCUCUAAGUGUAGAGUUAGUGCUAAAGAUACGAGACAAAUGGCAUACAUAGUAGCAUUCUAUGGAGUGAUAAAGGAAAUCAUAUUGAUGGACUACCACAUGUUCCAGGUUCCACUAUUUAGGUGUAGUUGGGCUAACAAAGGGAAUGGACUGAAAGAGGAAGACGGGUUCACACUUGUCAACCUCCAUAUGAAUCAGACAUCAUUCUUAAAUGAUCCUUUCAUUAUGGCAUCGCAAGCUAAACAAGCACCACCAAGAGGAUACAACAUGAUGGACACAGUAGAGGAGUUAGUUCCUGCACAAACAUCAGUCCAGCCAAUUGAAGAUUUAGGAGAUCAUGAGACUGAUGAUGAUAGUUUUUGUGUUAGGGAUGAUUGUGAAGGUGUUCUAGUAUAA